AUGGAAAAAGAUAAAGCUAUUCUAAGCCUGGAGUAUAAAAUUAACACUUUGGAGCAAAAUAAAAAAUCUAGUUAUGUCGAAAUAAGUGGUGACCAAAAGGAAGAGGAAGAAAAUGUCAACAAUGUAACCCAUGACAUUGCUAGUGCCUUACAUAUAGAUCCUAAUUUGUUUGAUAUUGAAAAUGCUUAUCGUAAGCCUUCAAACCGUAAUCUGGAUAAGCCUUUGAUAAUUGUGGAAUUUGCAUCAAGGAGAAAACGUGACGAAUUUCUUAAGAAGCGAGGUAAAAUUGAAUACAAAAGUAAUCGAAUCUAUAUAAACAAAAGUCUUACGGCUUUCAAUAGAAAACUAUUCUGGGAAUCGAGAAUGAAAGGUAAGGAACUGGGCUAUUGUUUCAUUUGGACAAGUCAUGGCAGGAUAUUUUGCAAUACCUAUAAUUGGGCCAUACAAUCCAACACAUAUUUCAAACAUUAUAAAAAAUAUUAUCCUGACUAG